AUGCGUUUCAAUAUUGAUGGGUCCAAUGAAAAGGCCCAGCAUGCCUACAACGACUCGAAUGGCAUCGGCGAGGGUCAGCUGGGGUAUGACCCGGACCUGGCGCAUCCUGCUGCAGGCUACAGAGAUGGCGAGACAGCAGUACUUCCGGCAGGCGUCUCGGAACGACGGCUGCUUACCAAGAUCGAUCUGAGAAUCAUCCCCGUCCUCUCGAUCAUGUAUCUGUUGGCUUUCCUCGACAGAACAAACGUCGCCAAUGCCGCCGUCUUCGGUCUCCAAAAGGAUCUCGGCCUGAACAGCACCCAGUAUAGCACGUGUCUGACGAUUUUUUUCGUGCCGUACGUGGUCUUCGAAAUCCCCUCAAACAUCAUCCUCAAGAGACUCAAACCCCACGUCUGGCUUUCCAUCUGCAUGUUUGGCUUUGGGUUGGUCACAAUCUGCCAAGGCCUUGUUCAAGGAUAUGGCGGGUUUCUUACAACGAGAUUUUUUCUCGGGCUGUUCGAAACUGGCAUGUUUCCAGGCGCGUUCUAUCUUAUUGGCAUGUGGUACAAACGACAAGAGGCACAGAAAAGAUACACUUUCUUCUUUGCCAGUACAACGUUGGCUGGUGCUUUCGGUGGUCUCCUUGCUUCUGCCAUUGGUAAGAUGGACGGCAUGGAGGGCUACCUUGGCUGGAGAUGGGUCUUCAUCCUGGAGGGCUGUCUGACCUGCUUCGUCUCCUUUUUCUGGUACUUCGCCAUCCCCGACUUCCCGGAGGACGCCAAGUGGGUGACAGAGCCUGAGCGAGAAUACAUCAAAGCCAGGCUUCGAGAUGACCAGGGCAAAUCCGCUCUUGAGCGACGCAUCACCUUCACAGACGUGGUCAACUGCUUCAAAGACUACAAGAUUAUCGUGGGAGGUUUCAUGUACUUUGGCCUGAUCGUACCUGCUUACGGCUACGCCUAUUUCGCGCCUACCAUCAUCAAGAGUUAUGGCUAUAGCCCUAUCCAGACACAGCUGCACUCCGUGCCUCCCUGGGCCGCCGCGUUCGGCUGGAGCAUGCUCACGGCCGCACUAUCCGAUCGCUUCCGCCACCGAUUCUUCUUCGUGAUAUUCAACAUCUGCAUUGCGAUUGCGGGCUUCGCGACCCUCAUGGUCGUGCAUCACAACAACCACGUACAGUAUGGUGCGCUGUUUAUGAUCACUUCUGGAACAUACAGUGCCAUGCCGGUGAUUGUGUGCUGGUUCUCCAUGAACCUGGGUGGCCAUCAUCGUCGAGCAGUGGGCACAGCGUGGCAAAUCGGGUUUGGCAACAUUGGCGGGAUCAUUGCCAGUUACAGUUUCGCAGCCACCGACGCGGCGACCUUCUUCCACAAGGGCUACAGCAUUUGCUUGUCGUUCAUCUGCCUGAGCGCGGCAAGCUGCAUCCUCUACUUCCUCGCCUGUCUGAGUCAAAACCGACAGCGAGAGAAGACUCACGAUGUUGGACUGACGGACUACGAAAAGACCGAGCUGGGUGACAUGAACCCCGACUAUCGCUACAUGCUCUAG